GAGCAUUUAAAUGCUUAUUAAUCGGUUGGCACUCGAACAAUGGAAAGCGGCGAGGUGAAAAUAUCUUUGGACGAUUCCCCCAGCUCCGGGGAAAGUUUCGCCAGUACAACCAGUGGUCCAUGUUGCGGUUCUGGCAGGGAUUUGGAUAUUCAGGUGGAUGAAAGAGAUAAGGAAGGCGACCAGUUCCAAUUGAGAGCCACCAAUGAAUUGCAAAAGUCCAAUAAAACAAACAACAAAUGUUCCAGCGAUCUAUCUACAGGGAAUAGCUAUGCUGCCAACAAAAAUGUAGCUGAAGGCCUAAUGGAUAUAGCUUUGCUUUCGGCGAAUGCGAAUCAGUUGCGAUUCCUGAUCACUUAUAACGACAAGGCUUCCACGUAUAUAUACAGUAUGAUUAUGGUGACACUUUCCCUGGUACUCCAGCUUUUAGUUGGCCUAAUGCUGAUCUUCAAAAGACGUCUCAAGCGGUUCAGGAACCGAAGCUACGAAAGGACUAACGAUCUGCUGGUAAUGGGAGUUUUCAUGAUCACAGUGAUCAACAUUCUGCUGGCCGCAUUCACCACAACGGAUGGUGACAUUCAUUAGUGAAAUUUA